AAAUGGGGUUUUACUAAGCCAAACAUAUCCCUGAAAAGCUAAAACGACGACUAACCAUAAUAAACGACAAUACUACAACGAAGCUGGAAGUGCCGUUUUGUUCGUCCCUCUGCAAUGCAAUGAAUUUCACUGUAAUCGUUUUCUGAAUCUAACCUCUCUCCCUACAAAAUGUGUCACUCCACAACGUUAACUGUUUUACUCCUAGGUUUUCUCUUGCAGACAUCAUGGGUUACUUCAAUUUCGAUGCCGAGUUCAAAUUGUUACGCUUUCAAUAAUUCAAGUCGAAUUGUUGAUUUCAGUGGCUGGAGUGGUUACCCUUUUGAGUAUGAUGAGAAGCAAGGUUCUGAUUUGGUAAUACGAUUUUGCAAAGAUGUGGAGAGUAGAUCGCAAACGGGAUAUGUUGAUUUUGGUCGAUUUGAUAAGUUCAACUACUUUGUUGCUGGUUCUGGCAAAUCUGAUUUUGUACAAGAGUUUUAUAAUGGUGAUCUAAUGGGUUGUGAACAAAGCUAUGACAAAAUGGGACGUACAGCCCAGGUAAAUAUCAUAUGUGGGAGUUGUCCUAAUGGACAAUGUAAAGGUCAUCCUGGAUGCAUAUGUCAUGUCGCAUAUGAGUCGAACUGCAGGGUCUUAAUUGAACUUGCCAUUUCAUGUGAUGAACCGGGCCCAAAAAUCUUCACAGGCUCCACUGUUGGUUUUCAUCCGCGAUCAUGGGAACUUGUUUACAAUGGCAUGACACAAUUCGGUUUUGAUAAACCUCAUCGUGAUUUUAGCUUUCAGACAGCACAAACUCAAGUAGUCCUGUUUACUAGUGCAGUUGCUUCACUCUCAUCCUUGGUUCAAAAACCUAUUUUGAAGGUUCAUCCAAACAAAGGCUUGGGAGUUAAAUUGUCCGGAUCCGCUGCUAGUGGGAUGCCUCCGACAACUUUGUCACCCGCAAUGUUGAUUGUUGAUUGGAGAUGUGAGGUAGCCCGUGACGCCCCGUAUGUAGUUAACAUCACAAUCCCAGUUGAAGGAUACGAGCCAAUUCAGUUUGUGCUUACAAAAAUAUGCGACUAUAAACAAGGUCAAGGAGGUGGUGCCACGAGAGGAUGGGCAAUAUUUGGAGUAGUCUCUUGCAUAUUCUUUGUCUCAUCGACACUUUUUUGUUGCGGAGGGUUUAUUUACAAGACGAAGGUGGAGCGCCAGCGUGGAAUUGAUGCAUUGCCUGGCAUGACAUACCUAUCUGCCUGCUUAGAGACGGUUAGUGGCCCCGGUCAAGGUUACUCACGGCCAGAAGACCCGUACACCGGUGAAACCUCUACCUCUGCCUCUUGGGAGCGCCCUCCCGGUCCUUCACAAUCUCAAGCUUCAUGGAGACCAGCCGAGAGAAAAUACGGUGCCAUUUGAACGCGUCAAGCCACUCAUUUGUUUUUGCUUUGUACCAUCAUUGUAUCCAAUGUUGUGGGAAUUUGUUCUGCCAAAUGUUAUCUGGAUUGACUCAUACAAUGUGAUUUUGAAACCUCAGUCUGAUGUAUUUCUUUGUAAACAAAAUUCACAGGUAAAAAGUUAAGAAGAGAUAGUUAGUUACAGUGUGAAUCUAGCAGCUGAAUUGCAUUUAAUGAAUAGAUUCAUAAAAAUAUACUUUAUUUUUCUUUA